CAUUUAUAUGGCAGUUUGGUGGCCCUGGUUUCGGUGGAAACUAGACCACAAUUACACAAACACAUACAUACGUAGUAUAGUAUUAUUCAUGAGACAUUCUGUUGAACGACGUAAAAUACUGUAAUAAAUCGCAAUUUUAUGACAGAAACUCAAUAAAAAGAAGAGGAAAACAUGAGUCGUCCAAAAGUGGAUGUGCUGUGGUCUCCUUUUCAUUCGGAUAGAUUUAUCACAUGGGAUAGUGAUGCUGUACUGAAUCUUUAUGAAAUAGUAGCACGAGAUAGUAGUGUUCGAGACAGUGAUCAGAUUUAUUUACAACUGUCAGAAAACUCCAUUGCAGAACCUGUUGCAUCUGUUACUAUUAACAACUAUGCAAAGUGUAUAGAUAUUUAUCCCCAAUCAGAGUCAGAUAUUGUAGCCAGUGGUCAUGCAAAUGGAAAAAUAGUUUUAAGUACUCUAGGUCCUCCAGAAUUUGAUUAUCAGGGUCUUGUUGGAAAAGAAUUUUUUCCAAAAUAUAUGAGAUCAUGUAAUGUUGUUGCUUGGAAUCCUGCUGAUACCCACUUGAUUGUAUCUGGCUUGGAUAAACACAGUAAGGAACAUUCUCUGCUACUCUGGGAUGUACUUCAUUAUCCAAAAGGCUCUGAACGACCAAUAGCAGAAGUAGGUUUAUCAGAGACAAUACAUUCUGCAUCUUGGUUUAAACAUGAUCCUAGAUGCUUAGUCCUUGGAGCUAACAACAAGCAAUUAAAAAUUAUUGACUUUAGAGAUUCUGUAAAAGUGGUAAAUAUGACUCCCACAAAGGCGGUAUAUAAUCUUUCAAUAAAUCCUCAUAAUAAUUAUCAAUUACUUUCACAUGUUGACAAUUUAAUAACAUUAUGGGAUACUCGAUGUUUUGAGAAACCAAUUGUAACUGUAGUACCGCAAAGACAGAUCACAAAAGUGCUCUGGUGCCCAACCAGACGUAAUCUUAUUGGUGCACUGCAGAAAGAUUCAGUUGGUUUGCACUUAUUUGACAUUCAGUAUUGCGGAGGAGAGGAUACCGAACCAGGUGUUCUGGAGAGAGUGGUCUUACCAUCUUGGCAUAGCCCAUUAAGUUUUUCAUGGCAUCCAACUGAUCAGAAUAGAUUGUUAGCGAUAUCGCUACAAGGAAUAACGGAUUAUACCGUAUGCGAGAGGAUAACACUCAAUUAUUCCGCUAAAUCAUGCCUUAUGUGGAAUUAUGCUUUCAAAUCGUUUAAAUAUGUACGCAGUGAAGAUAGCGUUUAUAAAGAAUUUGAUGAUAUUUCAGUUUUAACCAAAAGACGUGCUAUGUUUGAAUAUGGCUUACUUGCAGAUUUAGCUCAAAAUGGCGAUAUAGCUGAAAAUGAAGCACUAAAAAGUUUAUGGCAAUGGUUAUAUUUGAGUCGAUCUUUAGUAGAAGAAGGUACUAUACACAGUCCUGACAAUAAGCAUCCUGGUAUAAGAACAGUCGUGAAGUUGGACACUCAACAGAACAUGAGUAAUGGACUGUUGAAAUCAGAAGUGAUACAUCGUCCUUGGGCAGAUAUAGGUUCUAGUCAUACCAUAAAAAUCUAUAGAUCACCGGACAGAGAAAAGAGUCUUCUCUUAUGUGGUUUGCGAUUUGAUAAAGAGACGAAUACCGCAUAUGAUAAUACAUAUCUGGAAAAACUUGAGAAGGAAGGUGCAUAUGCGAAAGCUGCGACGUUUGCAGUGUUCAAUCUGUGUUUAAGACAAGCUAUUGAUAUUUUAAAUCGAGGAGCCAAUAAAAAGCAAAUGGCUAUUCUGAAUAUGGUAGCUAUGGCAUUGUCGGGCUUCUCCGAAGAACGUACUACAUUGUGGAGAGAAUCGUGUCAGAAGUCUAGAUCUCAAUUGUCAGAUCCUUAUCUAAGAGCAACAUUCGGUUUCUUAACCACAGAUAACGAUUCGUAUGAAAGCAUACUCAAUGAAAACGGUAUGGCUGUUAAAGAUAGAGUAGCAUUCGCCCUUAUAUUUUUAUCGGAUAAUAAAUUAUAUGAGUAUUUGAAAAAAUUGACCCAAAAGUUAAUUGAACAAGGAGAUUUAGCAGGUUUCUUGAUUACAGGUGCAAGUAUGGAAAGUAUACAGUUAUUGAGUAAAUAUUUAGAGAUUACUUCGGAUGUACAGAGCUGCACUCUUAUUGCAAUUAGAGCUUUCACACCCAAAUUGCUUCAAGAAAAUCAAGUUCAAGUGUGGAUUAGCAAUUACAGACAUCUUUUGAACGCAUGGAAACUAUGGUUCGAAAGAGCUAGAUUUGAUAUUGUUAUGAGGUCUUCAACACCACAUGAAAAACCACCACAACAGAUAUAUGUUUCUUGCAAUUUUUGUGGUAAAAGUAUAUCAGCCUUUAUGCAAGGACUGAGCAGGACAAGAGUUCCAUUCAAUAGAUUAGGCAGUACUCCAAACAAACUGAAGAUGACAGCCUGUCCUAAUUGUCGCAAACCUUUACCACGUUGUGCAAUAUGCUUGAUGCAUAUAGGCACUGUUAGUGGACUACAAACAGCUCCUAGUCCCGGAAAUACUAGGAACGAAGAAUGUGAUAUCCAGCUCACAGAAUUCAAUAGUUGGUUUACUUGGUGUUUGACGUGUAAACACGGUGGUCACAGCGAUCACAUAACUCAAUGGUUUCGGCAACACACAGAAUGUCCAGUAACAUCAUGCAGCUGUCGCUGUUCCUCUUUGGAUGCAGCUGUGACAUAAUUUCCAUGGAAUGCUCCCUCCAACUGAUUAUUCACUGCACAACAUGUAUGCAUCACAGUAUUGUAGCCAAUUAUGUCUAUAAAAUAAAAACU